UCCUUUGCCUUUGGGCGCUGCUGCUCCUCUAUACUUACACUGUGAUGGGGAAUGUGGGAUCCGCAGAUGCAGACGAGUGCGCAGAGGGAACAGACGACUGUCACAUCGACGCUCUGUGUCAGAAUACAGCCAAAUCCUUCAACUGCAUCUGUAAACCUGGAUACAAGGGCGACGGGAAAGCAUGUGAAGACAUGGACGAGUGUGAGAACGACUAUAACGGAGGCUGUGUUCACGAGUGCAUAAACAUCCCCGGGAACUACCGCUGCACCUGCUACGAUGGCUUUACUCUGUCCCAUGAUGGACACAACUGUCUGGAUGUGGAUGAAUGUGCCGACAACAAUGGUGGCUGUCAGCAAGUCUGUGUCAACACUAUGGGAAGCUACGAGUGCCAGUGCACACACGGCUUCUUCCUGAGUGACAACCAGCACACCUGUAUACACCGCACCGAUGAUGGGAUGAACUGCAUGAACAAGGAUCACGGCUGUGCCCACAUCUGCAGAGAGGCACCAGGGAAAGGAGGUGUAUCCUGUGAGUGUCGCCCAGGCUUUGAACUUGCCAAGAACCAGAAGGACUGCACACUCACGUGUAACUAUGGAAACGGGGGCUGCCAGCACACAUGUGACGACACGGACACGGGCCCUGUGUGUGGGUGUCAUCAGAAGUAUGCUCUACACUCGGACAGUACAACGUGUAUCGAGAAAGAUGAGGCUGCAAUUGAGAGGUCAGAGGUGAAUUCCUCGUCAGUAGCUGAUGUAGACAAGCGGGUGAAACGCCGGCUACUUAUGGAAACGUGCGCGGUGAACAACGGCGGCUGCGACCGGACAUGCAAGGACACAGCCACUGGGGUGCGCUGUAGCUGCCCCGUGGGAUUCACCCUGCAACCCGACGGCAAGACGUGCAAAGAUAUCGAUGAGUGUUUGGAGAAUAACGGAGGCUGUGACCACUUCUGCCGGAACACAGUCGGCUCCUUCGAGUGCAGCUGUCAGAAAGGACACAAGCUCCUGACCGAUGAACGCACUUGCCAAGAUAUCGAUGAGUGCUCGUUCGAGAGGACAUGUGACCACACCUGUAAGAACUACCCAGGCACCUUCGAGUGUGUGUGUGACAAAGGCUACAUCCUCUAUGGGCUCACGCACUGUGGAGAUAUCAAUGAAUGCAGCAUAAACAACGGCAGCUGUGAGUUUGGCUGUGUGAACACUCUGGGCAGUUAUGAGUGUGUGUGCCCCGCUGGACACAAACUGCACUGGAACAAGAAGGACUGUAUCGAGGCUGUAAAGUGUCUGCCCAAUGGGAAGCCAGCACCUCGAGCCCAGCUGUCCUGCUCCAAGAAUGGAGGAGCAGAGGUGUGCUCUCUCUCCUGCCCCUCCAAUGCUCUCUUCCUCGCAGACUCUGAGAACAGCUACACUCUGAGCUGUGGUGUGCCUGUGCAGACAGAUACUCUGGGUCCUCCAGUCAAACAGAAAGCUCGGUUCAAGAUUAAAGAUGCCAAAUGUCACCUCCGACCUCGCAACAAAGAGAAGCACCGGGAGCUGCUCAAGCACACACUGCAGGGCCAGUUCCCGUGUACAGACGAGUGUCAUGUGACCUUUGUGAAUCUCAAAUGUGAUUCAUCGAAAAAGCGUCGACGCGGCCGUAAGUCUCCAGCCAAAGAAGUGUCCCACAUCACCGCUGAGUUUGAAAUGGAGAUGAAGGAGGAGGAGGCAUCUGACUCUUGUAACAUGGAGUGUGUACGAGAGAGAACCAGACUUAAACUGCAGAGCGCCUUGAGGACUCUGAGGAAGUCCAUAAACAAACAACAGUUCUACAUACAGUUCUCUGGCACCGAGUACGAGGUCGCGCAAAGACCCUCACGCGCUGUAGAAGGUGCCGAAGCCUGCAGCACGGGGCAGGUGCUCCGAGAGGGGAAGUGUGUGAGUUGUGCUGCAGGGACCUUCUACAGUGGUGAACAGCAGCAGUGCAUCCCAUGUCCUCCCGGGACAUACCAGGACACAGUGGGGCAGUUGUCAUGUGAGCCCUGCCCCAGCACCGAAGGGCCAGGCGUGAGUGGAGCCCCAAAUGUCUCCCAGUGUGGAGGCCAGUGUCCGGCAGGUCAGCACUCGUCUGAUGGGUUUCGCCCGUGCCAGCUGUGCCCUCUGGGGACGUUUCAGCCUGAAGUGGGCAGAGUGCUUUGCUUCUCAUGUGGAGGAGGGCUCCAGACCAAGUACCACGGCUCUGUGUCCUUCAGAGACUGUGAGGCCAAAGUUCACUGUGCUCCAGGACACUUCUAUAACUCCAGUACUCACCGCUGCAUCCGCUGCCCCAUCGGCUCCUACCAGUCUGAGUUUGGACAGAACUACUGCAUCACCUGUCCUGGGAACACAACUACGGACUUCGACGGAGCUACCAGCGUCUCACACUGCAAGAACCAGCUGUGUGGAGGGGAGCUGGGAGAGUACACGGGGUACAUAGAGUCUCCUAACUACCCCGGAGAUUACCCCUCAAAUGUGGACUGUGUCUGGACCAUCAACCCUCCCCAUAAGAGGCGCAUCCUGAUUGUGGUGCCUGAGAUCUUCCUGCCCAUUGAAGAUGAGUGUGGAGACGUGCUGGUCAUGAGGAAGAGCGCUCUGCCCACCUCUAUCACCACCUAUGAGACAUGUCAGACUUACGAGCGUCCCAUCGCCUUCACCUCACGCUCCAGGAGGUUAUGGAUCCAGUUCAAAUCCAACGAGGCAAACUCUGGGAAGGGUUUCCAAGUGCCCUACGUCACCUACGAUGAGGACUACCAGCAGCUUAUAGAAGACAUAGUGAGAGAUGGCAGGCUGUACGCCUCAGAAAACCACCAGGAGAUAUUAAAGGAUAAGAAGCUGAUCAAAGCUUUGUUUGACGUUUUGGCUCAUCCUCAGAACUACUUCAGGUACACAGCCCAAGAGUCCAAGGAGAUGUUCCCCAGAUCUUUCAUCAAACUACUGCGCUCGAAAGUCACACGCUUCCUCCGGCCAUACAAAUAA